GUUAAAUGAUGUGAAACGCUGAAGACAUUGACUGACAAUUUAUAGAAAGAAAAACUUAUCAUUUUUAUCAACAAAAGGAUUAAAUUUGAAACAAAACACACAUUUUAACCGUGUGAGUCAGAAGCCUUAAGUGUAGUUAUUAUUUCUCGAGUUAGUGGUUGUAUCAUUUUAUGUUAUCGCCAGCAUUUAAGAUUUACUAACAACGAUGAUAGGCUUUACACUUGCUGCUACUGGUGGCUUUAUACUUCUCCAUGCUUCACAAUGUCAACCGAAGAACACCACAUCUGUCGUGGUAGCUAACUUAUUAAGUAUCGCUGUUGCAACUAUAUCUUUUUGGGGAGUGGGUUUUGCGUUCGCACUUGGUGAGAACAGUACAACGAACAGCAACUUUUUCCUGUCACACAGUCGUUUUUUCUUGUACGAAGCGACUUUGCAGGAUUACGUGAACUUUGGGAACGAGGUUGUCGUACUUGGUCUGGUUAUAGUUCUUGCUAACGGCGGGUUUAUUGCUCGAUUGAGACAUUGGGUAUAUCCUCUUGUCAGCAUUUUUGUUGCAGGGUUUAUAUACCCUUGUACACGGCAUUGGACUGGCCACAUUGAUGGUUGGUUGAAAGACGGCAUCACAGUUGAUAAGAUAAAAAUUGUGUAUACGGAUAUGUACGGAGCGGCCUCAAUUCACGUGUUUGGUGGGAGCGCUGCGCUGUUGGGAACCAUUUUACUUGCUCCGAGACGAGACAGAGAAGCAAAAGGUUUCAAACCAGUUGGUGGAAACUUGAUCCCAUUAAUAUUAGCUGGUGGAUCCUUGGCCCUUGUUGGGUUAAUUGUGAAAAAUGGUGGCAUGACCGAUGGUAUCGCUCUGACCAAUAACAUAUUAGCCGCACAGGCAGGUGCAUUUACCGCUUACUUGUUGAAGAGAACAGGUUAUUGUGGCGAUCCAUCCAGCACAAAGGCGUUGUUAAAUGGCGCAAUCGCUGGCGUGGUUGGCGUUGCAUGUAUGCCAGAAAGAUAUCAUGCAUAUGGAGCCUUUGUUGUUGGUCUUGUUGCAGCACUAGCAUAUGUAGGAUGGAGUGCUUUGCUGCAGCUGUGUCACGUAGACGAUCCCACGGAUACAGUGGCUGUUCAUCUCGGAGCUGGAUUGUGGGCAGUCCUUGCUGGUCCAAUUUUUGACAAGACAAAUGGCUGUUUAUACGACGGAGCAAAAGAAAACUUCCAAAAGUUCGGCUGGCAUGUGUUGGGUGGAGUUGCUGUGUUUGUAUGGACUGGUUUAACUGUUUUUAUCGUGAUGGUCAUGUUUGUAUGGACUCGGAUUGCGAAAUACAGUAACCAAGAAGCUGUGCAACGAGGACUGGAUGCUUAUGAACACGAGCCUGCAUAUCCAGACCGAGAACAAUACACACAAGAUCAAUACGAUCAGGGAGUCGAUGAUUUGCUGCCAUCAAGAGAUAACAAAGGUUACUCAAAUGGUUACGAUAAUCCGCAUCGCGGUGUGUCGAGGCAUAGUCAACAGCCAAUCUCUUUAGAUUAUAGGAAUGAACAGCAAUGGAAAAAUUCAAAAUACUAGCCUACACGAGACCUAACUAUAAAAAAAUCUAUAGACAAAAAGCGAUCUACAUAAUAAAUAAAUUGGGCAACUUAUGCAGGUUAUUUUUAUAGUUGAUCUGCAACAGCCAUAUUAUUAUUGAUGUUUAAAACGAUAACAAUUGAGGAAUAAGGCUUUUCCCUCUUUUUGUCGAAUUUAAUCUAAAAAUGUGACUGUGGCCAUAUAUUUUCAUAUUUUUAUGCACUCGUGUAGAUGACAUCUGAAAUUUUGCAAAGCUAUGUGUCUUAGUAUAAUUUCGUGGACAAAUCCAGUUUUUUGUAUACUUAUUUGCUGUUUUAAUUAUUGGUUAGUUCAUUAUUAUAAUCUGUGUUAGUAACACACAUUGAGUAUACACCCCUGCACCAGACAAUUUUUAUAUGACAAGAAUUGCACUAAAAUAGUCUUUGGUACAAGUUUGUUUUCACUAA